AUGUUGUUGCUUUCAAAGCCCUGGGCGGCGCUCAUGCUGGCCAGCGUCUUUUAUCCCACGACGAAGGCCGACGACUGUUCUGUCGACCCAUUAGUUUUACCCAUAAAAAAUGUUACCUUUCCGAAUGGCAUCGGUGCCAACCGUGGCGUCAAGGUCACACUUGGCGGCCAAGUGCAGGGCAUGCGAAUGUCGACCAUUUUGAACAACACACGAGUGAGGAAUAUCUUGGACUGUCCGCAACAAGACACAUUGGCAUUUGUUGGCUGCCAGGGAGCAUCUGGUAGUGUGUACGACACAACCAAAGGAUCUUUCAGUCAGGUAUUGAACCUCAAGGACUGGAAUGUCACAACGGUUGAUGCGCAGCCUGCUGAUGGCAUAACAACGGUGCUUCAUGGAUACGAAACUGCCAACUUCACAGACGGCCCAGCUGUCACCUACGGAUAUCCUUUCGAGGUUUGGGCAGAUUUCGACUCCAUGAACAAAAGCGCCUUGGCCCUUGGUCCUGAUUCUUCCACCAUCAGCCUCCUUGUUAAACAGAAACACGCACCGACCUCUAGCUGGAGUUUGGAUUAUGGCUCGACAUCAGAACUGUACCCUCGCGACGGUCAGAUUGUCUUCGGCGGCCUCAAUGAAGCACGAUUUAACGAGACGAAAAAAACCGAAUUCAACAUGUGGGGAGCAGGGGCGCCUGUAAACUGCCCUCUGCAGGUUCUUAUCGCUGAUAUUAUUCUAACUAACGACGACGGCGACCAUUCCCUCUUCACCGACGUGGGCACCCGAGUAUCUGCAUGCAUCGACACCGUCCAGAAUGAUUUCACAUUCACGCCGAACAUGUUCUCCCGGUUCCAAAACUUUACGAACCACACUUCCACCAUCAAUGGCUCUACCUUUGGUCAAUCUACCUACCCGGCCAGUUUAGAGCCCAAGAUUGGUACACUAACCAUUAAGCUGACAAAUGGUUACACCACCGUGAUUCCUCACUACGAGUUGGUUACCCAUGAACGCGGCACCGACUCUCGCGGCAGAUACGCCGUGACAAACAACACACAUAUCAGCGCAACAGUGAGCUCAGGGAUGAGCGACCUGGGGAACAAUGUGCCUAUACUUGGCGGUGUCUUUCUUUCUCAAAACUACCUACAUGUUGAUUACCAGGCAGGCAAGUUCUGGCUCAGCCCACAAGUUGCAAACGGCACUUUACCAGACCACAUAUCAACAUCGUGUAACGGCACGAGCACGGGCAGCACAGGCGGUUCGGCCUUGGGCCUGAAGGUUGGCAUUCCUGUAGCAAUCGGUGCGGCUGUGGUGUUUCUGGUCGCUCUCUGGUUCUGGAUGAAGAAUCGCAAGCGGAACGUUAACAACUCUGUCGCCGGGGCUUCCAGGUCCAUCCCCCGAUCAGAGAAGCGCGACGCACCCGAUUCCAAGUCAUCCACGACUCGUUUCGCCGGAUAUCCAGCCGCCCACCACGCCAAUCCUGACAACCAUAUGGAGCUCGAGGGCGACCUCGCGACAAGACCAGCAGAGCUGGAAGAGCCCGCUCCGGCGUAUUCGCGGGCAUCAGAAUGGCCCCGUAUGAACUCCAUCCAAGGAGAGAAUAUGACAUAUUACCGGCCAUCAGCGCGAGAAGAAGAGCACGUGGAAAGCUACGAACUCGCUGAUACUUCCCCGAACCCACCACCAGCCGCAGUACCACCACGUCCGCCCCCAAAAAGACAGGACACAGCGGUAUCGGCUAUGAGUGACUCAUGGACGCAAAGUCCGACAGCACUGCAGAAGCAGAUAUCAAAUUUUAGCGACGUUGUGUCGCCGACAAGUACUACACGGGCAAACAGCACGAGACGAAAUCCGCAGUAUUCUACUACAUAA